AUGGCUUAUGCAUUGUACCCUAAAGCGUUGCGUUACGUGAAUAUAAACUUUCGUGGUUUUGUGGAAAAGGUUUAUGCAAUUCGAAAGAAUUACUUUGGGAAGAAAAUUACAUGGCUUUGCAGGUUUUUGAAAAAUUUAGAAAAUCAAAAUGCUGCGAAAUAUAACUUAUUUUUUCAGGAAGAAAAUUACAUGGCUUUGCAGGACAACAUAGGAUAUGACUCAACGCAGAUGAAAGAAAAAUAUGGCGAUCAGAUGCACACGCAUGUUUCAGAAAAACAUAACACUGUUGAAGUUCAAAAACAUCAUCAAGAUUUGUCAAAAAGAUCCACCGACUUUGGAUCUAAAAUUGAUGCUGAUCAAGCUGAUAUUGAGUUAGUAAAUAAGAGAAUAUUCCAAGACAAUGACGAAGUUCCUCUGGAAGAAUUAGCGGAAAAGGACGAGCAAGUCAAUUCGCUCUGUGCACAAUUAGAUGAAACAGCAAAAAAAAGUCUGCAUGAAACGGAAGAGCUCCAAACACAGCUUGUUGACACAGAAACUAAAUCAAAAAUGAUGCAACAAUGCGAUGUAACGCUAAUGCUAGUGGACUCGCCAACUUGUCAAGAAGUACAGAAUAACCAGCAAGAAACUAAGGUCCAAAAUAAAGAUAGAUUGGGAGAACUAAGAACAAGCAGUGAAGGUCUUUCUUGUGGUGAACAAGAAUCCUCAUCAGAAGCAGUAAAAAUAGAAAGCAAUCCUAUUUGUAUGCAUACGUUAAAGGACCAAAGUUUUAAAAGAGACAGUAUGGCAGAAAUUCAGCAAGAUCUUCCAACGUCUCAAGAACAGUUGGCCACAACGCAUGAAAGAGGAAAUACGUUUUCUGACUUUCAAAGUUGUCCAGAAGAGCUAGAGGUGAAGAUUAAAACUCAAUAUAUGUGUGAAUUAGAAACAUUGAGUACAGAGCUACCUAACACUGAAGAUGAAUUGGUUAUUCCUGAUAGUAAUAACGCACCAUCAUCGGCAAUAUUUGAGACUGAAAUCAAUCCUCUCUUUCCAGAAGAACAAAAAACUGAAAAACUACAACAAAAUGAACAACAUUUAACAGGAGAAAAUUAUUACUCAGACAGUCAAAAACAGCAAUCAUGCGAAACAGAACAUGAGAAUGGUUUGAAUAUUAAAAGUGAAACAAAACAUCAUCAACCAUUUCCAGGAGAAUUAACAACAAAGGACGAAGAAGAAAGUUCUUUCCAUGCACAGCUAUCAGAAGAACUAACCCAGAAAGAUCAGAACACGGAACAGAUGAGGACAGAGCUAAUUGGCAUUAAAACCAAAUUUGAUCUAGGAAAAUUGAGAUGUUAUUACGUCAGAGAAGCUUUAGCUGACUUUGAAUCUUUUCAUGAAGAGUUAGUAGCACAGCAUGAUCAACUGUUGGAAACUAAAAUCCAAUAUGAAAACGCAUUAAAAACGUUAAGCACAGACUUAGCCAGCACGAAAGCUGAAUUACACCUUGCAAAGAAGGGGCAGGAUGACGCUAAACAAUUUUUAUUUGACUUUCAAAGCUAUCAACAAGAUUUAGAAGCUCAGAAUUCUCAACUAGUAGAAACUAAAAUCCAAAAUGAAAAUGAAUUGGAACAGUUAAACACAGAGGUAAUCAGCCUGGAAGCUGAAUUAAACCUUGUGCAAUUGGAACAUCAUAACGUUACGCAAUUUUUAGCCGGCUUAGAAGCCUCUCAAGAAGAGAUGGUAUCUAAGAAUGCGCAGCUAGUGCAAUCUAAUAUCGAAAUGAAAAGUGAAUUAGAACAGUUAAAAACAGAUUUAUCUAACGUUAGUAAAGAAUUAGCUAUGGUAACAUUUGAGAAUUUUGACUUAAAAAAACUUAACAGUGAAAUCAAAACUUUUCAGGAAGAGUUGAUUGUGAAGGAUGAAGAAGUAAAGUCUCUCUAUGCACAGCUAGCACAAACAAAAAAUCAGAAUGAACAGUUAAAUUUAGAACUAGUUGACAAAAACACAGCCCUUUAUCGAUUACAGCUAAAACAUGACGAACUUCGGGAACAAGCAACAGCUUCUCAAGAAAUUUUAACAUCAACGAAUGAAGAAUUAUUAUCUGUACGUGAAGAGCUAGCGGAAACAAGAAACCAAAAUCAGCAGGAGGAGGAACAGUUGAGGGCAGAGCUAGCGAACAAAAACAUUGAACUUGAUCGCCUAAAACAAGAAAAUGAAAGAAGAACGGAAGAAUCGCUGACCCUUCGUGCAGAGUUAGAAGAAAUAACACACCAAUUAAGAAAUGAGCAAGAUAGAGUUGAAUUAAUUAAUGCUUAUCUACAAGAUCUUUCUAAUGAAAGACAAAGCGAUUCAAGGGACUGGAUACUAGAGCGGGAUGAAUUAUUUUUAAUGAAACAAGAAAUUGGAGUUGGUGGAUGGGGAACUGUGGAACUCGCAAAGUUUCGUGGAACUGAAGUUGCUGUUAAAAAAAUUCAUCACCUUAUAUUGUCUCGUCACAAUCGCCGACUGUUUGAACGUGAAAUGGCGAUAGCAUCAAGGUGUCGCCAUCCAUGUCUUGUUCAAUUUAUUGGCGCAACAAACGAUGACGGUGCUCCAUUAUUUGUGAUGGAACGCCUGGAGGUUGACUUGAGGACAUUGUUAUCGAGGGAAACGCUGGAGAAUCUAAACUGUUUACAAAUAGGAUUCGACACAAUAUGUGCUUUAAAUUAUCUUCACAAGUCAAAACCAGUCCCGAUUAUCCACCGCGAUGUCAGUAGUGCAAACGUUUUACUGCAUCGUGGAAAAGAUAGAUGGAGAGCAAAACUUUCAGAUUAUGGUGCAGCUAACUUUACCCGAUUGUCGAUGACAAAAAAUCCUGGAGCCGUCCUAUAUUGUGCACCUGAAGCUUGUACUAAUAAUCAAACGAGUAAAGUAAGUGUAUUCUUCCGUAAGUAAACUGUCUUUAUAUAACUUUGUACUA